AUGAGCAAUUACAACACCUACACUAGCCCCAGUCAGGCAAUAGAAGAAAACAAAAAGAGGUCAUCUCUCUUGAAAGACUCCAGUUGGAUCAAAAAAGCUGAGGAAGAGGAUGAAGAUGUGGAUCGGGACCCAAACUUUGGGCGCAGUGUUUUAGGGCGGUACAAAGUGACUGAAACAACUGUUGUGAGUUCUGAGCCAUUAUCAUCCAGUAGAAAGACUUCAACCAGCUCUGUUGAAGCCCUGACAAAGAGGUUUAGCACGAGCCAGGAUGAGCUGAAUGCCAGUAACAGCCCAACCAGAAGCUCUUUCACCAGAAAUACUUACAGCAGUUACUCAUCAACAUCUCCCCAAAGAACUUCAGUUACAGAGGAACCGAAAACAAGUACGACAACAACUACGUUCUCAGAUAAUGGGAAAACUACCGAGACAACAAUUACAACGACCACUGAAAAGACAUCUACAAAAACGGAUUCCUUCACGGAUAGAGUGUUUUCUGACAAAACCAAAGGGUCACUUUACUCAAGCUAUUCCCCAACCAGAAAAACAACAAUAACUGAGUCGACCACCAAGGGCAGCUCCAACGAUACUGAGGACAAACUCUAUGGCACACUCCUCCCUGACUCCAUCACCUCAGACAGCAAAACUACUGUCUCCAGAACUGAAUAUGUGACUGUGAAAAGCUCCAGUGACAUUGCUGAGGACAAGCUUUAUGACAUUCCGUCACCAAUUAAGGACGAAAGUAAAGUAAUCACCACAGAGUCAGUGACUGUCAAGAGCAGCUAUGAACCAGAGAAGACUUCAACCACAACAAGAACUUCCACGUCCUCGACAACUGAGGAUGACUUGUAUGAUACUCUGAUACCAAAGGCAAUAUCUGACCUAUCCACACCAACCAGCUCGAUUACAAAGAGAGACCUCUAUACCGUGAGCAGCAGCGGAAGCAGCAGCCCAACUUCAUCUGUGACCCGUACCAGCAGGAGCAGCACUUACACUGAUGAGUAUCCCUCAAGUCGUACUUCGACCUACACUAUCAACACGAACACUAGUGAGGAUAUCAGGGCUGACACCAAGACCUACACAUACACAAAACCAGAGAGUUAUGAGUACUCCAGCAUCACUAGCCCCAGCAGCUACAGUUCUUCAACAUAUAAAACAACCAGGACAGUACUUGAGAAAGACAUGUGCAGCUACUGCCACAAGCCCUUCAUUGGAAAUGCAAAGAUAAUCCUGGAUGACGUGAAGAUCAACUGCCAUGCUACCUGCUUUAAAUGUGAAGUGUGUAACAGCUCUCUGGGCCAUCUGAAAGCUGGGGACAGCAUGUGGAUUUACAAACACAUGGUGCACUGCGAGAGAUGUUUUGAAGUCACCAGAGACAAAUGGAGGCGUUGA